CCCAGGGCCGGGACUUCUGGAAGGAGUCUCUGCUCCCACCACGGUUCCUUCUUCCCCCUCCAAGAUGGAGGCCUUAGGGGGCUACCCUGCCAAGUCCUCCAACCCAAAAGCGAAAAAGCUAACAGUCCUGCUGAGCAUGACGGUCGGAGUGGGCUGUUUGUUCCUCCUGCAGACCCAGCUUGUGAGACCCCGAAAACCGAAGGAUUUUUAUUCUUUCGAGGUGAAAGACGCGAAGGGGAGGACGGUUUCCCUGGAGAAGUUCCGAGGAAGAGCGUCCUUGGUUGUAAACGUGGCGAGUCACAGCGAGCAGACAGAGGCCAACUACAGGUUCCUGCAGGAGCUUCACAGGGAGCUGGGCACCUCUCACUUCAACGUCCUGGCCUUUCCUUGCGGACAGUUCGGGGACACGGAGACCGGAGUCAGCCGGGACAUCGAGGCUUUCGCCAAGUCCACAUACGGCGUCACUUUCCCCUUCUUCAGCAAGAUCAAAAUAAUGGGCUCAGAGGCCGAGCCUGCCUUCAAAUUCCUCACAGAUUCUGCCCAGAAAAUCCCGAGGUGGAACUUCUGGAAGUUUCUGGUGGACCCAGAGGGGAAAGUGGUCCGGUUCUGGCGAACGGACGACCCCAUGGACAGCGUCCGGCAAGAGGUGACGGCGCUGGUGCGAGAGAUCAUCCUGAAGAAACGGGUGGAGCUAUGAUGGUGUUUCUAGAUAGAUACUGGACGUCCAGGUGUGUUGUGUCUGUGUUUUCCUGCGCUUUCGACAGCCAGGGAAUGGACUGAACUGUUGACAGUGAGUGCGCUUGAGAGACGUCUCAACUCCAGAUCCACUAGCGUCCGACGCAAAGGCGGUGUUAGUCAUGCAAGGCAGGUCACGGUGUUAGCGUAUGUGCGUGGGGAACAUCGUGUGUUUGUGUGUGUGUGUGUGUGGUUAAUAAUGAACAUUCGUGAACAUUCCUUACAAUGACCACUGCUGGAGUCGAAGGAUCGUCAAACGCCUAAAGCAUUUGUUUGUUUGUUUUUUUAACUUGUUGUGUACGUCAUUUUUAGCCCAGUUUCACUGAUUUGAGCCCAGCAAAUUCCAUCUAUCAAUCUAUGCAACAAUAAAAUUAUUUCAUAAUUA